GGCUCUUGGGUGUGGUAGUUUGCUUUCGGUUCGCGCAGGCGCAUUUUCCAGCGGCGGUGGCCGGGCGGCUCUUUGUGGCGGCCGCUGUUCUUUUGUAGACGGUGUAUUGCUUUUUCGUCUGUUUGCCCGAUCGUUUUUUUGGGCUCUCCAUCCGCCCGGGACCUGUGCCUGGUCCCUGCGUGUGUGUCGCCGGGACGCCGCAGAAGUGUGUGACGGGGUGACGCGGCGCGUGUGUGAAAAGGACGCGGCGCCCGAUGUGGGUGUGUCUGCGGGCGGGUGUGCUGGGUCGAGAUCCGGGUGAAGCGAGUGGUGUGUUGGCUGAGCCUGCCCCAACCGGGGCGCGGAGAGGGGGCUCCGUGUGCGGGUGCUGCUGCCGCGAGCGCGUGCGUGAUCCCGCGGGGCUGCCCUACAGGCCGCUGUCCCCGAGCCCUUGAAGCAGACCUCGCACCUAGGGACUGACCUGCUGUCCUGGAGACUGAGAGCUGCCCACUCCAGGGAGCGCUGCCGAGGGGCGUCAUGGAGACCCCGCCCGUGAAGCCCGAGGAGACAGAGAAUCCAGAGAAUGAAUCUGGUUGGGGUCUCCUGGAAACCAGAUCUGAGGAAUCAGUGACAUUCAAGGAUGUGGCUGUGGACUUCACCCAGGAAGAGUGGGGUCAACUUGACUCCCCUCAGAGGGCCUUGUACCGAGAUGUGAUGCUGGAGAACUACCAGAACCUUCUUGCCUUGGGGCCUCCGGUCUGUAAGCCAGAUGUGAUCUCCCAUCUGGAACGAGGAGAGGAGCCAUGGCGAGUGUACAGGGAAGGCUCUGGAAGGUCUUGUUCAGAGUGGAGCCCUGCAUCUGAGGUAAAGGAGGAGCAUCUCCAGCAGGGAUUUGGCAGAGAAGAACCAUCCCGGGAGGCAGUCACCGAGCGGCCGAAGAAGCCUAGCGUUCACAGUGCCAGCCUGGGUGCAGCUUGGGAGGCCCCCACAAUCCUUUGGAGAAACCAGACUGUGCAGUGGGAGCAAGUGCCUGCCACCCUCGGGGACAUCUCCACAGAGCAAGGAUACUGGGGACACAGUGGCUCCAUGGAGCGCUCCCCGCUCAAGUGUGCUCUGUUUGCCCAGCAGAGUGCUCCUUCUGGGGGACACUCUCUUGCCAGGUGUACUACAGACAUCCAGUCCACUGGGGCAGUCACCAGGGACCAGCAGAGGAUGUACCUGGGAGACAGGUCCUUUGAGUCCAGGCCACACGGGGCAGGCCCCGGGGCGGACAUCUUCGUGUGCAGUGAGUGUGGUAAAACAUUCCCCCAGCGCACGUCCUUGGCCCUGCACCGGCGCUGGCACAGCCAUGCCAAGUCCUACAAGUGCAGCGAGUGCGGCAAGGCCUUCACCUGGAGCACCAACCUCAUCGAGCACCAGCGCAUCCACACGGGCGAGAAGCCCUUCUUCUGCAGUGAGUGCGGGAAGGCGUUCAGCUGCCACUCGUCCCUCAAUGUGCACCAGCGCAUCCACACGGGCGAGAGGCCCUACAAGUGCAGCACCUGCGAGAAGGCCUUCAGCUGCAGCUCGCUGCUCAACAUGCACCUACGGGUGCACACAGGCGAGAAGCCCUACAAGUGCGGUGAGUGCGGCAAGGCCUUCAAUCAGCGCACGCACCUCACGCGGCACCACCGCAUCCACACUGGUGAGAAGCCCUACAAAUGCGGUGCCUGUGGCAAGGCCUUCACCUGCCACUCAUCCCUCACGGUGCAUGAGAAGAUCCACAACGGGGACAAGCCGUUCAAAUGCACUGAGUGCGAGAAGGCCUUCAACAACCGCUCGCGCCUCACCCUCCACCAGAGGAUCCACACGGGCGAGAAGCCCUUCAAGUGCACGGACUGUGGGAAAGGCUUCAGCUGCCAUUCGUACCUCAUCGUGCACCAGCGCAUCCACAGCGGGGAGAAGCCCUUCAAAUGCAACGAGUGCGGGAAGGCCUUCAGCUCGCACUCCUACCUCAUUGUGCACCAGCGCAUCCACACGGGCGAGAAGCCCUUCGACUGCAGCAAGUGCUGGAAGGCCUUCAGCUGCCACUCGUCCCUCAUCGUGCACCAGCGCAUCCACACCGGGGAGAAGCCCUAUAAAUGUCACGAGUGCGGCAAAGCCUUCAGCCAGAACCACUGUCUUAUUAAACACCAGAAGGUUCAUUCUGGGGAGAAAUCCUUGAAGUGUAACAAAUGUGGAGAAAUGUUCAGCUGGAGCUCGCACCUCCUGGAACACCAGAGACUGCUGCAUGGUGAAGAGAAGCCCUUCACCAUCCAGUUCAACAGACACCUGCUGAGCACCUACUACAUGCCUGGCAGUCUGUUGGGUGUGGGGGACUCAGGGGUGGAGGAUGUGGACCCAAUAAAUGCAUUAGAUGUGGCAAAGCUCUUAUGUGUGGUAAAGCCCCCACCUAGCAAGAAUUUCCCUUUGGGGACCAAACCUGACAGUUAAGGUAGGGUGCUUGCUGUUUCUUCACAGAAGAAAGCACUUCCUGAGCUACCCAAGAAGUGAGGCACUGUACCCUCUCCUGUGCUCCUAGAGCCAGACCACCUGUUCCUCCAGAUGCCAGAGCCUGGUACAUGACCCUGCUCAGACCCUCCAGCCAGGGUGCCUACUGUGAGAGCUCCCCAGAAUGGGACACAUUGCAGGAGAAGGGACGUGAGGACAUCCCAUCAUCCUUGAUGGGUCUGGAAUUCAUCGACAAAGGGCAUCUUGCUUGCAGAUAAGAAGGCCAGUCAACUGUCAGGUCCUGGGAUGAGCUCCUGCCUGUUUUCAGUCAGGAAUCUCUUCUAUAAACUGUUAAUGUUUAGAAUAAUAAUAAAAGAAUUAAGAGUU